UUCGAAAAGUAGUUGGCUGAACUCACUCAUGGGUCCAGCAGCCAUGUUUGAUUCUCAUGACAAAUACAAAUGGAGUAUCCAAAAAAAGUCUCACAACAGUUUACUUGCGUUUGUUACGAUUCGAUUGAACCAGAUUGGUAUGGUUGUAAAUUAAUUGAUAAACAUAUCUGUAUAAAUGCUGCUAAACGUUAGAAAAGUUGUCACGGCAUCUUCGAAGAUUUUAUCAGCGAUCGGACUGUUUUCAUAUUUUUUAACCGUUGAAGGAAAUUCGUAAAAAGAGUGAAUAUGUUAAACCAAGCUGUAGUCGAAGCUCUAUAUUCCGCAACGUACAUCGAGAAUUAUUUGGACUGUGUGGAAAAUUUACCAAACGACUUACAAAGACACGUUUCCCGGCUCCGAGAACUUGAUGCCACUUGUCAAACAUACCUACGUGAGGUGGAUCAACAACAAGAAGCAUUGAGAAAUGACACAGACAUGACAGUUAGAAGAAGAGCACUUUUAAGAGUUCAACAAGCAUUGAUUGCUGCCCAAGAAAUAGGUGAUGAAAAAUUGCAAAUUGUUCAGCAAGUUCAAGAUCUCAUAGAAAACAAAUCCAGGCAAUUGGACUUGGAUUAUCGUAAUCUUGAUUUUGGAAAAGAACAAGAGAGUAGCGAAUCCACUCGUGAAACAAAUGCAAAUAUUAAUUCAAACACUUCUGGCAAUACAAAUAAUUCUGAAAGACAAACCAAAAGAGCUAGGAGGACAAGAACAGAGACAUUAGUUGAGUCCUCUAAUGCAUUAGACAUGAUUGUGAUGACAGAGACACGUUCUAACUCUCUGUCUAAUACAAGCAAUGGGAAUCAAAAGAAAACAAGUACUACUACUACUGGUAAGAAGAAGAAAAGGAAGGCUAAACAAGGUAAUCAGCAAAAUCAACAUCGUGAAGACACUCCACCACCCCCAGAAGAUGAUCUUGCGAUAGAUCCAGAUGAACCAACGUAUUGUCUGUGCGACCAAAUAUCAUAUGGGGAGAUGAUAUUGUGUGAUAAUGAUCUAUGUCCUAUAGAGUGGUUCCAUUUUUCGUGUGUUUCCUUAAGUACUAAGCCAAAAGGUAAAUGGUUCUGUCCAAAAUGUAGAGGAGAUCGACCAAAUGUUAUGAAGCCCAAAGCACAAUUUUUAAAAGAAUUAGAAAGGUAUAAUAAGGAGAAAGAAGAGAAAUCGUAGCAGGAGAAGUUGGUGAGAAAUUUAAACUUUGGAAGACUUAAUUAAAACGAAAGAAAUCUUUUAAAACGUACUUUGUACAUUUAAGUAAAAUUUUUAAGAUUCCAUUAAAUACACUGUUUGACUUGUGACAACCAAUGAAAAAUUUAAUAGAAGUUUCAUGAAACACUGAAUGAAAUUGAUUCAUUGUUAAAUGUGUUAUUGUAUAGAUAUGCGUGUGAACUAUCAUCUAAUCAACUAUAAUUUAAGAUAAAUUAUAUUUGUAUAAUAUUCACUACUGUAAAUAUUGUGACAAGAAAAUAUUAAAUGGUAACUAUGAAAUAGGUUAUCUUGCUGAUGUAUGUUUCAAAAUUUGUUUUCUAUUUGUUACUUAAAAAAAAAAAAUGCUGGUCCUCUACAUAUUUUGAGCAAUAAUGUAUCAUGAAUAUAUGCCUGUCACAAUUUAAAUAGCAUAGCAGUAUUAAACAAAAAAUGGAAGUAAUUUUUUUGUAAUAUAAAUUGUUAUAAAUAAAUUAGUUUAAUAAUUUCUUUAUAUGAUUUUAUUGCAUAAUUAUCAUCAUAUAUGUUAAGUAACAUUGGUAAAAUUUGAUUGUAUUAUUUAUAAAAUGUAUAGUUGUAUAGGAAAUAUUGUUACAGAUUACUACCAGUGAUUAUCAUGUAUUUGAUAUAACAUAUACAUGUACAAAAGAAAAUUAUUGAAUCUCUAAACAACACUCGUAUGUCCAAUUUCGUUUUAUGUACCUUUUCUGUUAGAAUGAAAAUAUUUGUUGUAUAUAAAAAUAAUGUAUUUUUAAAAUACAAAUUCUGCUUAGUAUGUAAUGUACACGUUUAACAAGCUAUCAUUUUUCGUAAUUGAGUAUGAACAUAAGUAGCAAAACAAAUUGUUUUAUAAAAUCAAUUUGUCUCUUGCAUAAUUAUACAAACUUUUUUUUAUGAAACAUGUUUAUAAAAAAUAAAUUUAACGUUUCCAUUACACUUA